UAAACAAUCGACCACUCUAGCUGCAAAAUGAUUACUGCACGCGCACAGGCGCUCACAACACGGCUCCUGCAGACUCGCAAUCUGACGACCCAGUCGGCAGCCGCCCCGACACCGACGCCGACGCCGCGCCGCCUCGAGGGUCGUGUUGCGAUUGUCACUGCGUCCACCGACGGCAUUGGCUUUGCGAUUGCCAAGCGCUUUGGCGACGAGGGUGCGAGCGUGGUUGUGAGCAGCCGUCGCAAGGAGAAUGUCGAUCGCGCCGUGGCCGAGCUCAAGAGCAGCAACAGCGCAAUGCGAGUCAUUGGAAUCGUGUGCCACGUCGCAAAGGCAGAGGAUCGCAAGCGUCUCGUCCAAGAAACACUGAAAUCGUACGGCAACAUUGACAUUCUCGUCUCCAACGCCGCAGUCAACCCGGUGUUUGGCAGCAUGCUUGAGACUGAUGAAGCCGCCUGGGACAAGAUUUUCGAGGUGAACGUCAAGUCCGCCUUCUUGCUGACCAAAGAAGUGGCACCCCACCUCAAACCCAACCGCGGCAGCGUGGUCUUUGUCUCGUCGAUUGGCGGGUUUGCCCCGUUCGAGGCGUUGGGCGCCUACUCGGUCAGCAAGACUGCGCUGUUUGGCUUGACCAAGGCAUUGUCGCGCGAGCUGGGUCCCCGUGGCGUCCGCGUGAACUGCAUUGCACCGGGCAUCAUCAAGACGCGCUUUUCUGAGGCGCUGUGGAAGAAUCAACAGAUUGCCGACCGCAGCCUGGAAACAGUGCCGCUGGGCCGAUUCGGCACCCCCGAAGAGUGUGCCAGCACCGUGGCCUUCCUGGCGUCGGAUGAUGCCGCCUAUGUCACUGGCGAGAGCAUUGUCGCGUCCGGCGGCAUGCAGAGCCGUCUGUAGAUUUGCUCUUGUUGGGGGUUUUGGUGUAUUGCUGCACGAGGUGGAAUCCCCCACCCCCAUCCUGUGCAGCUGUUGUCUGGCCACUGCUGCUGCUCCAAGCUGUGCGAUGUGUUAUGUGGCUGUUUCCUUGAUGAUGCUUGUUGGAUUGAGUUUUUUUUUUUUUUUCGGUUUUGUUUUGUUUUGGAG